UCUUUAUACAUUAAAUUUCUACAUGGUAUCAGAGCUAUAAAAUUUAGGCCUAUAUUUCUUUCUCGCCGGCGGGCAGUCGGCCGGCAAUCUUGCCUUCGCUGCCUGCUGGAGUUUUUCUACAUAUACUCACUUGACGAUCUGCGUUGAUUCAUGAUCAGACAGUCCAAUUUUGUUCCUGCCCCUUUGUUUCUGCCGCCACCGAGCUCGCCAGAGAACUCCGCCAUGCUGCUCUCGCUCAGUCACCGAAGAACUCUUCUGCUCAAUCCUUGAUGGUGUUGUCAUAGCUACACGAGACCAACAAAUCUAAGCCCGGCUGAGAGAGACGGGAUAAUUCAUUUAGGAGCUGCUGUUGUUGCACAUCAAAAUCUGGCAACAAAUCUAAGCCCUCUGCUGCAAUAUCUCUUGCAUUUAAAGAUGAUCACAAGCGACUUGACUGAAAAUGAACUGCUGUGUUGGUAUGGCUAACAACAUUGGAGACGGGAGUGAAAGAAAUCCAGGGUUCCCUCAUGCUCCCGUGGUCCUCAAUGAAAGAAUCAUCUCAUCGAUGUCCCAAAGAUCUGUUGCUGCGCAUCCCUGGCAUGACCUAGAAAUUGGACCGGGUGCACCAGCAGUUUUCAACUGUGUGGUUGAAAUUGGAAAAGGCAGCAAAGUUAAGUACGAGCUUGACAAGACAAGUGGUCUAAUCAAAGUUGACCGAGUUUUGUACUCAUCAGUUGUUUAUCCACGCAACUACGGGUUCAUCCCACGAACCAUUUGUGAGGAUAGUGAUCCUAUGGAUGUUCUGGUACUGAUGCAGGAACCUGUACUACCUGGUUCUUUCCUCCGUGCUCGUGCUAUUGGAUUGAUGCCUAUGAUUGAUCAGGGUGAAAAUGAUGACAAAAUAAUAGCAGUAUGUGCUGAUGACCCUGAGUUCCGCCACUACAAGGAUAUCAAGGAUCUUCCUCCACACCGCCUUGCUGAGAUCCGGCGCUUCUUUGAGGACUACAAAAAGAACGAGAACAAGUCUGUGGCAGUGGAAGAUUUUUUGCCAGCGGAGGCUGCUAUCGAAGCUAUCAAGUACUCAAUGGAUCUGUAUGCUUCUUACAUUGUUGAGAGCUUGAGGCAGUGAAUCACUUCAAGACUAGAAUUAUAUCAGUUUGUGGCUAUUACCAACUAGAAUCACUAUUUUUAUUUGCUUUUCGUUACGGGCACUAGCAGGAACGGAAGUCAAAAAUUCACCUAUAUCUCAUAUUCACGUGUAAUUGCCUUGAGCUCUAGCUUUUUAUAAAGUAGUUAUAGUUUCAAGUCACUUGUGCAGAAACACUAAAAUAAACACAGAAUUUUAUUUGAUUUU